AUGGCUCGAACCAGAAGAUCAGGGCCAUCACCACUAUCAGUUCUUCCUCUGUCCACAGUGCUACGUAAUCUAGCCACUACUAGCAUAUCAUCUUCUCCAAUUCUAUUACCUCCUUCAUUGGCCAUCAUGAACAUCCUCGCACACUCCAAUCAGCCAGUCCUCAACCCGGAUAAAAACCCCUUACUCCGUUGGUUCUUAAAGAAGACGUUCUACGCGCAAUUCUGCGCGGGUGAGAAUGCGGCCGAGGUCCAUCAUACUAUCGACGGCCUCAAAAAGAUCGGCUUUACAGGUGUUAUCCUAGGGUACGCCAGGGAGAUCGUCCUCACUGACGUACAGACUCAGAAGCUCUCGGCGUGCGAAGAGGGACCCGUAGCCGAGGAAUGCGUACGUAACGAAAUUGGUCCCUGGGCGGCAGGGACCUUGGAGACGGUGACACUCGCACAGCCUGGGGAUUUCGUCGCGCUCAAGUUUACUGGCGCCGGACGGCAAGCAUUGUAUGCGCUUAAGAAUCGCCUACCACCGCCGAAGCAUCUGCGCAAGGCUAUCGACGAAAUCUGUGCCCUAGCUGCGAAGAGGGAUGUGCCCCUACUCUUCGACGCCGAACAGAUGGCAGUUCAGGCCGGCAUCGACGACUGGACCUUAGAGUACCAGCGCAAGCAUAACAAGAUACCAGGCCACGCUCUUAUCUAUGGCACAUAUCAAGCUUAUUUGAAAUCCACAGCAGCGACACUGAGUGAACACCUCGCGCUAGCCGCCAAGGAGGGCUUUACGUUAGGUGUCAAGCUCGUGCGUGGCGCAUACCUCGGCUUAGAUCCACGGUACAUCAUCCAUGAUACCAAAGCUGACACAGACACGACGUACAAUGGAAUCGCGGCGAGCCUUAUCUGCCGGCAGUGGGGUUCCGUGUUAAAGUCACCGGAAGAAGGCCUCAAAUUCCCACGUGUCAGUAUCAUAUUAGGGUCUCACAAUCUAGAGUCGGUGCGCCGGGCACGGGCAAUCCGAGAUAGCGAGCAGUCUGACCGUACCACGGAGUUGGCGAUCGCACAGCUGCAGGGCAUGGCGGAUGAGGUCAGUUGCGAGCUAGUCUGUGCGUCACGGCGAUGCGACGGCUACGUCCAGGAGAAGGGCGACGUGCCAAAGGCUUAUAAGUACAUCGUUUGGGGCACUACAGGCGAGUGCAUGAAGUACUUGCUCAGGAGAGCGAACGAAAACAAGGACGCAGUAGCAAGAACGAAGAGCGGGCGUGAUGCCAUGUGGAAUGAGAUUAAGAGGCGGUUUAGGACCUCUCUGGGAUUGGCGGCGGCGGCGUGA